AUGAACUUCCCGGGCGGCGCCGGGCAGAGCCCCGGGCAGCAGCAGAGCCUGGCGGCGCCGGGCGGGCCGGUGCCGGUGCCCGUGCCCGGGCCCUCGGGGCCACAGCCCGGCGGGCCGCCCCCGCCGCAGUUCGGGCUCUCCAACUCGGCCGCGAUCCGCGCCGAAAUCGGGCGCUUCGAGUCCGUGCACCCCAAUAUCUACGCGAUCUACGACCUCAUUGAGCGCGUGGAGGACCUGGCGCUGCAGAGCCAGAUCCGCGAGCACGUCAUCUCCAUCGAGGAUUCGUUUGUGAACAGCCAGGAAUGGACCCUGAGUCGCUCGGUGCCUGAGCUGAAGGUGGGCAUCGUGGGGAACCUGUCCAGUGGCAAGUCAGCCCUGGUGCACCGCUACCUGACCGGCACCUACGUGCAGGAGGAGUCUCCAGAGGGUGGCCGGUUCAAGAAGGAGAUUGUGGUGGAUGGCCAGAGCUACUUGCUGCUGAUUCGAGAUGAAGGGGGCCCCCCUGAGCUCCAGUUUGCUGCCUGGGUGGAUGCAGUGGUGUUUGUCUUCAGCCUGGAGGACGAGAUCAGCUUCCAGACCGUCUACAACUACUACCUGCGGCUCUGCAGCUACCGGAACACCGCCGAGGUGCCCAUGGUGCUGGUGGGCACGCAGGAUGCCAUCAGUGCCACCAACCCGCGCGUCAUCGACGACUCCCGCGCACGGAAGCUCUCCAACGACCUGAAGCGCUGCACCUACUACGAGACCUGUGCCACCUACGGCCUGAACGUGGAGAGGGUCUUCCAGGAUGUGGCUCAGAAGGUGGUGGCUCUCCGCAAGAAGCACCAGCUCUCCAUCGGCCCCUGCAAGUCCCUGCCCAACUCACCCAGCCACUCAUCUGUGUCUGCAGCCUCCAUUCCUUCUGUGCACAUCAACCAGGCCACCAACGGUGGAGGAGCCUUCAGUGACUACUCGUCGUCCGUGCCCUCCACCCCGAGCAUCAGCCAGCGGGAGCUGCGGAUCGAGACCAUCGCUGCCUCCAACACGCCCACCCCCAUCCGCAAGCAGUCCAAGCGGCGCUCCAACAUCUUCACGUCCCGCAAGGGCGCCGACCCGGAGCGCGACAAGAAGGUGCCCGAGUGCAAGGCGGACAGCAUCGGCAGCGGGCGGGCCAUCCCCAUGAAGCAGGGCAUUCUCCUCAAACGCAGCGGCAAGUCCCUCAACAAGGAGUGGAAGAAGAAGUACGUGACGCUGUGUGACAACGGGGUCCUCACCUACCACCCCAGCCUGCACGACUACAUGCAGAACGUGCACGGCAAGGAGAUCGACCUGCUGCGGACCACGGUGAAGGUGCCGGGCAAGCGGCUGCCCCGCGCCACGGCCGCGCCCGGCGCCAGCCCCAAGGCCAACGGGCUGCCCAAGGACAGGAGCAGCUCCCAGCUGGCAGCGGGCACAGGUGCUCCCCACUCGACCAGCAGCACGUCCCUGCACUCGGAGCGCUCCAUCAGCGGCAUCAACCUGGUGGGUUUCAGCUCCAAGCCGGACGGGAUGCACCAGCGCUCCUACUCUGUCUCCAGUGCCGACCAGUGGAACGAGGCCGUGGCCAUCCCCGGCAGCUGCCCCAACCCCUCUAACGGUACUGCCGACUCCCUCAGCUCCAGCCCAAACAUUUCCAGUGCUGCCAGCCCAAAGCUGGAGCCGCCUCCGUCACCACAUGCCAACAGGAAAAAGCAUCGCCGGAAAAAGAGCACAGGGACAACUCGGCUGGAUGGCCCCAGCACGGCAGCAGAAGAACCAGAUGAGCCAUUUGAGUUCAUUAUCGUGUCACUGACGGGCCAGACGUGGCUCUUUGAAGCCUCAACGUCAGAGGAGCGGGAGCUCUGGGUACAGGCCAUUGAGAGCCAGAUCCUGGCCAGCCUGCAGGGCUGUGAGAGCAGCAAAAACAAGGCUCGGCUGGGCAGCCAGGGCGACGCGCAGGCCAUGCAGGCCGUCCGCACGGCGCGUGGGAACAGCUUCUGCGUGGACUGCGACGCUCCCAAUCCGGACUGGGCCAGCCUGAACCUGGGUGCUCUCAUGUGCAUCGAGUGCUCCGGGAUCCACCGCAACCUGGGCACCCACCUGUCCCGUGUGCGCUCCCUGGACCUGGAUGACUGGCCUAGCGAGCUUCUCAUGGUCAUGACGGCCAUCGGCAACGCCCUGGCAAACGCUGUCUGGGAGGGAAUGGUGGAGGGCUACCCCAAGCCCACGCCUGAGAGCAGUCGGGAGGAGAAGGAGCGCUGGAUCCGGGCUAAGUAUGAGCAGAAGCUCUUUCUGGCUCCUCUGCCCCAGUCUGACAUCCCGCUGGGGCAGCAGCUGCUGCGGGCUGUGGUGGAGGAUGACCUGCGGCUCGUGGUGACACUCCUGGCCCAUGGCACCAAGGAGGAAGUGAACGAGACCUACGGAGACGGAGACGGGCGCACAGCGCUGCAUCUCUCUUGCGCAAUGGCCAAUGUGGUCUUCACACAGCUGCUCAUCUGGUACGGAGUGGAUGUGAAGAGCCGGGACGCUCGGGGCCUGACUCCACUGGCCUACGCCCGGCGAGCAGGCAGCCAGGAGUGCAUCGACAUCCUGCUGCAGCACGGCUGCCCCAGCGACAGCGCCGCCACGCUGACCCCCAGCCUGCCGCGCCGCAACGCCAACGCCAACAACAACGCCACGCCCGUGGAGCUCAGCACCGGCCCCGGCACGGGCUAGCCCGGCACUGCCCUCUGCUCACUGUGCCCAUGCAGCUCAGCCCUGGCACGGACUGGCCCAGCACAGCCCUCUGCUCACCAUGCCCGUGGAGCUCAGCCCUGGCACGGACUAGCCCGGAACAGCCCUCUGCUCACUGUGCCCAUGCAGCUCAGCACUGGCCCGGGCUAGCCCAGCGCUGCCCUCUGCUCACCGCGCCCGUGGAGCUCAGUGCCAGCCCCAGCACAGGCUAGCCCAGCACUGCCCUCUGCUCACUGCGCCCAUGGAGCUCAGUGCCAGCCCCAGCACAGGCUAGCCCAGCGCUGCCCUCUGCUCACCGUGCCUGUGGAGCUCAGUGCCAGCCCCAGCACAGGCUAGCCCAGCGCUGCCCUCUGCUCACCGCGCCCGUGGAGCUCAGUGCCAGCCCCAGCACAGGCUAGCCUGGCCCUGCCCUCUGCUCACCGCGCCCGUGGAGCUCAGCACUGACCCGGGCUAGCCCAGUGCUGCCCUCUGCUCACUGCGCCCAUGGAGCUCAGCACUGGCCCAGGCUAGCCUGGCACUGCCCUCUGCUCACUGUGCCCAUGCAGCUCAGCACUGGCCCGGGCUAGCCCAGCGCUGCCCUCUGCUCACCGCGCCCGUGGAGCUCAGUGCCAGCCCCAGCACGGGCUAGCCCGGCACUGCCCUCUGCUCACCGUGCCCGUGGAGCUCAGUGGCGUUCCCAGCAUGGGCUAGCCUGGCACGGCCCUCUGCCCGCUGUGCCCAUGCAGCUCAGUGCCAUUCCUGGCACAGCCUCUGGCCGUGCACAGCUGCCCUCCAGCCCUGCCGCGGGGCAGGGCCACAGGAGCGGCUCUGAGAGCCCCACAGUCCCUGCCCAGCAGAACCCCGCUCCAGCCAGGAGAGGCGGGGAGCCAGCGGGGAGCCAGGUCUGCUCCCCUGCGCUGGUUCCAGCCCCCUCUGGCCGUGCCGCUGUGCAGAGCCCGUGCUGGCAGCUUGUGAGGGCUCCUGCGCAAUCCCGGGGUGGCUCCAGGGCGCCCCGCUCUCGUGACCGGUACGUGCAUGGGGAGCAGUGUCUCCUGCUCCCCCACACAUCUGUAGAUAAAGCAGGGGCUGGGGGCAGCUCAGCUGUGUGGCCUCCCCUGCACAGCAGCACCAGGGAGGCUGAUGGCUGCGCCUGCUCCCUCAGGGAGGUCAGUGUGGUCACUUCCCUCCUGCUCUCCCUCCGUGUCGGCCUUGCCGCACCCCCAGUGCAGUGCUGAGGUGGGGGGCAGCAGGAGGUGCGUGUUUCUCCAUUGCACCCCAAAGCUCCUCUGCUUCUGGCCAGUGCAGGAGGGCUGCACGCACCCAGACUGCUCCCCGUGUGCUGAUGCGAGGGUGGCACCUCCCCAGCACUGCCCCUGGACAAAGGCCUCCCCAGCCUCCCUGCUGACCUAGAGGGGAAAGAGGAUGGUCACCUCGGGAUCCCCAGCUCUGUCUGUCUGUCUGUAGAGUCACUGUCCUUCCAGGUUAAAGCUCCAAGCCGUACACAGUGUCUCCAUCAGAGCCUCCCGCUGGCUCCCGCUGCUGCCCAGGUGGGGCUGGUCUCCAGCUGAGCAAGAGGAGAGGAGAGGAGCGUCUCUCUGCAUUGGGGUCAAGCCUCUAGCUGAAUGCUGGAACCUCAAGGCUUUGGACACUGCUAUGGAAUGUCUCUGUCACUUGUGUAUAAAAUGUACAUUGGAAAUAUUUAUAUGGACACUCUGUAUAUACGGUUUCUUUUCCAUAAGUUGCCCUGUGUGUGUUAUCUGCAGCCAAGGAGAUAAAAGCCAAUAAAGCAACCCACCUCCUGCCA